GACGAACGUAGCGAAGGGAAAAAUCUCAAAUCGACCUGAUUGGAUUGUGCGUCGUUCCCAAGCGCCUGCCUCGAACAAAGACCAGACCCGCCAAGUGACGCUCUACUUGACCAGCGAAACGGACUCGAGUUCCUCGCUUUUUGAGAUCCGUCUCUGAGCUCUCGGUCGUGAGGGUCGCAGCAAAAAAAAGCGAAAAACCCUUUCUUUCGCCUCUCGACUUGGUCUCUCUGUCUGUGCUCCCAUCUGUCUACCACGCACCAACUCGAACAAUGUCGGACAAGAUGACAAUUCAAAGCGCCAAGGUCUACAUGGCCCUGCUGACCGACCCCAUCCGCGACGGAUGGCUUCUGCGGCAGUCCAAGGGUUUUUUUGGAGCCACGACUUGGGUCAAGAAGUGGUACAUCAUGAAAAACUCGCGGAUUUGGUGGUUUGACUCCAAGGAUCCGUACACGCAAUCCAAGGGCGUGAUUGAUCUUGCCCGCAAGCCGGGUGGCGGUUACAUUGUCGAAAUCGUGGACGACCAGGAGGAACUCGAGAAGCUGGGCAAGCAGGAGGCGACCAUGUUUCAGCUCACGCACGCCAAGGGAACCGAGCCUGACAUUCUGUUUUCUGCCGAGGACGAGCUGGACAUGGAGUCAUGGGUGCAAUGCAUCUUGCUCGAAAUGUUCCGCGAGUCUCCCAUCAACACUGUCUACAUGCCCUCUCCAGCCAUCACGACCGGGGAUUCGCCUGCUGCUUCCUCCAGUGCCUCCAGUGUUGGGCCUGCAAGCCUGGCAUCGAGUCAGAACGAACUGGCAACCGAGUCCGACACGCAUUCGUCCGAGCGAGAGAAGGAGAAGGCUCGGCAGGAUCGCCUCAAGCAACGCCGGCAGGCCGAGAAGCAGCUGAUUGAAGAAGACGAGCGCGCCGUUGCUGAAAAGGACAAGGACCGGAUUGCCAAAGAGCAAGAGGCCAAACUCAAGGCUGCGGAAGAGAAGGAGGCCAAAGACAAGGCCGACAAGGAGAAGGCUGAGAAGGACAAGGCCGAGAAGGACAAGGCCGAGAAGGACAAGGCCGAGAAGGACAAGGCCGAGAAGGACAAGGCCGAGAAGGACAAGGCUGCAAAGGACAAGGCCGCCAAGGAAAAGGCCGAGCAGGAAAAAGCCGAGAAGGAAAAGGCGGACAAGGCUGCUGCGGCCGCCGUUGCUGCCGCUCCCAAGGCCAACUCUGCUCCUGCCAAGCCCGCGAAAGGAGCGAGCUCGGACACGGGCAAAGCUGAUCUGACGCUGUCAGCCAAGGAGCGCGCUCAGAUCGAGCAGGAUGUCGCUCGCGAUCUGGAGCAGGUCGAGGACGAAGCAGCGGAGGAAACAGAGCGUCAGCUGAAAGUACAACACGACAGCGGCGCUUUUGCGGGUGUCCAGCCUGCGGAUUUGUCGCUGCGCGAGUCUGCGCUCGAGAUGCAGAUCAUGGAGUCUGCCUUCCGCGCGCGUGCAGUCGAGGCUGCCGAACAAGCCGACGCUGCGCAGUUGCUUGUGCAAGACACCACCGCCUCACGAGCAGAUCGUCUUGCUGCCCUCAAAACUGCCACCAAGCUUCAACUGAUUGAAACCGAGGCACUGGAGCGCGCCGCAACUGCCAUGGAUGAGCGCCUCAAGUGCGAAGCAGUCAUUUCUCCCGCCAAACCACCGCGCAAGAAGCGUUCGUCUGAGGCAGCCCCAGCCGCAGAUCAGGCCCCUCCCCCGAAGCCAGAGCACAAGGCCAAGAGCACCACUUCCAAGGACACUCAGGACAAGGACAAGGAGCUUAAGGACAAGGAGCUCAAGGACAAGGAGCUCAAGGACAAGGAGCUCAAGGAGAAAGAACGCAAGGAGAAGGAGCGCAAGGACAAGGAGGCGGCCGAGGCCAAGGACAAACAGGCCAAGGAGAAGCAGGCAAAGGAGCAGAAGGACAAGGAGCUCGCCAUGCAAAAGGAGCAGAAGGAAAAGCAGCUCCAGGCCGAGCGCGAUGCGGCGGAGCGCAAGGAACGCGAGCGUCAGCGUCUCGCAGAGGCCGAGCGCAAGCUGGAAGAGGAAGACCGCGCACUGCAGAAAGAGAAGGAAGCCGAACGUGAAAAGGCAGCGGCCGUGUCCCGCAGCGAGGCAACAAAGUCCAAAGCGGCCUUCUGGGAGUCAAAAAUGAAAGACCAGGACGGAGAUGCUGCGCAAAAGCGUCGCGACGAGGAGCGUGAGCGCAUCCGGGAGCAAGAUCGCAAGGAAAUGGAGCGCGAGAAGGCUGCCGCCAAGAAGUCGGCCGCUGCAGCGGCUGCAGCUGAGGCUGCACCUGCACCUGCACCUGCACCAACGCCAAGCACUACGCAUGUUUCUACUGGAUCCAAUUUCUCUGCCGUCAAGGCUGCCACUGCCAGUAUUGACGCGGCCGCCACAAAAGAAGGCUCGCUCAAGCCGCGCGAGAUUGGCAGUCGUCCCGUUUCCACUGCUGGCUCAACCUCGUCCACCGCAUCUCGGCCCACCUCUACCGUCGGCUCAUCUGCAGCAACCGGCGCAGUAUCCGCUGGCGACCGCACAUCUCGGCUGGUGCCUGUGACCGACGAUCCCAGCCUCCCAUCCUGCAUCAAGUGCGGCAAAAACCUGUCAGGCCAGGUUGUUGAGUUUUCAGGCAGCAACUACCACCUCUCCUGCUUUGGCUGUGCUGGCUGCGGCAGAAUGCUCACCAACACGGCGCUCAACAUUGAUGGCAAGCCUCACUGCGAUGGCUGCGGUCGCAAGGCCUUCGUCAAGAAGCAACUGUCCAGCAACCGCGCCAACAUUGCAGAUGGUGGCGAGGACAAGGACAACAUUUCGCGUCCCAGCACUUCCACGUCAUCGUCUUCUGGUCCAGUGGCCGCCAAGUCUGGCCCAAUGUCUGGAUUUGCCGCAGUGGCGUCCAAGUUUGGUGGCGGCGCGAGCUCCAACAACAACAGCACCGGCGGUGGCUUCCGCGGAGGCGCGGGCGGCAAGGCCACCGGCAAGGAGGCCCUGCUGAUCUGGUGCCAAAGCGUGACCGAAAACCACCGCGGCGUGGAUGUCACUGACUUUAGCAAGAGCUGGGCCGACGGCCUCGCCUUCUGCGCCCUGUAUCAUACAUUCUACCCCGACAAAAUCCCGUACAGCACACUCACCGCUGAAGAUCGCAAGCGUAACUUUGAUCUCGCGUUCAGCGUUGGCGAAUCUGUCGGCGUGCCCGCUCUGCUCGACACCGUUGAUAUGCUUGACCUGUACCCCAAGCCAGAUUCCAAGUCCAUCAUGCUGUAUCUGAGUCAAGCGUACCGUACGUUACGCGAGCUGUAACAACACGCGAGAAUCGCCACAUUUUUAUCUCUUGUUUGAUGUUGAUGCAAAAAUGGUUUUCAUUGCGUUUUUUUUCUUGUUAUCUUCCUUUCAAAGUGUCCUUGCUGGUCUUUUUGUUUUGCGUUGCUUUCUGUUUCAAGUCUUGACAUUGUACUGCUGUCUGUCACCUUUGUCAUCCAAAGCACUUUUGCGU